AUGCAAGAGCAGCAAUACCAACUUCACCACAUUCCAUUGAUGCAAGUCAAGAACAUGUGGAGAGUCCCAAGAGGAGAAGAUGAUUGGGCACUUGUAACCUUUGUUGGAGAACAAAUCCAAGACCCAAGAAAGUGUAAGAAGGCAAUGGAGAAGGAAGCUAGGCUUGAGCAAGCUCUUCAAGCUAGAUGUAGUGAGUACUCACAACUCACCAAGGAGUUCCUCUCCACAGUAGCUCUUGCCUUUCCCAACCACAAUGGAGACCAACCAGCUGGUGAUGGACUCCUACUCUUCAAGAUAGGCGAUGCCAAUGGGCGCAUCUCCAUCUCAGCUCUAUGCCAACUCUUUGGACUUCCCAAUGAGACAGCACAUGACUUCAAGGAGAACUCAAAGAGGAAACAAGCUGCCUUUGCUGAUUGGACACACUUUGCCAAUGAACCAUUCUUGCCUUCAAGAUCAAAGGUGUCUAGAAUCACUCAUCCAGCCAUUCGCUAUGUGCACCGCCUCAUCUCCACCACUUUCCAAUGCAAACAAGAAGCCAACAAGGUCACAACUGAUGAGUUCUACAUCCUCACCACACCAUUCAUCAAGCAUGAGUACAAGGCCAACCUUGGCCUUUUACUUGCCAAGACAUUCAUCAAUGUGAGGAAGCUAGCUCAAGACUUGGAAGGCAACAAGAAGCUUUGUGUUCGUUUUGGGAGGCUUAUCACGGCCAUAGUACAACAUGUGGGGAUUGACAUUCCCAACUAUGAGCCACUACCCAAGCCAACCCCUUUGGAUCUCCAUGCUCUUCAGCACAUCCACUUCCUAAACCGUUGGACUAAAGACCCAACUCGGUUUUGCUAUGAGUUUCCAAUUGGUCCAGCCAACACUUCCCUUGUCUUGCUGCCACAUGAAGACAUCCCAAGCCUACGCUCAGGUGUUGUCACUUUCCAGCCCAAUGAGGAAGACUUCUAUGUUCCAUCAAGUGAGAAACCAUCAUUCCCCAUGCUCACCUAUCGCACACUUCAGCAUGCAGUCAAGACUCAACGCCGCCACCAAGAACGCCAUGUUCUCACUACUGGCAUGGCCGCGCACCAAGCUCUAGACCGUGUUAACAAGCUGGAGAAGAUAGUGGAGUGCCAAUCUCGCUUCAUCUCACGCCUAGUUCGUGUAGUUCGCCACAUUGCACCGGAGAGACUCUUUCGCCCUUCUUCCACCGCUAGAGAGCCAUAUGAGCCUGACCUUGGUGAGUUCUCACUAGACUCAGAGCUUGGUUCAGAAGGCGAUGACCCCAUAGAUGAGGAAGAGAGUUCUUCUCACUGCCACACAUAG